UAAAUUCUAGUGCUCAAAGGACUCAGGAACUAUUAACAAUUCUAAUUAGUGAACCUUGGAUUCCGGCCAAUUAUCAGAACAUUGUACAAAAUAUCAUCACGUCGCAUGAACAACUUUUAUCGGAAGAAUGGGAAAUGUUACCUGAAGCACCUCUUAUCAGGUCCUUGAUAGAACUAACAAAUACAUCUACUGCUGCUCUCUAUCAAUUUGUUCAACUCGCUUAUCAGGAAAAGGAAUUAACCACAAACCAGAAAACUUAUAAUAUACCAUGGUUAGUGAAAGUUUUAUCUGAUCAGCAAUUUUUGGAAAAUUUUCUUGCAAGACUUAUGUGCCAGAUUUUAGUAUUAACAGUUCCUUCAAAUAAUGAAAUUCUCACGCCAACUAAAAGUGUUUUACUCCAUCAGCAAUUAUCUGUUUUGUUAACGUUAGUUAGUUACUCUGCCAGAAUUUCAGAUCAUGUCCAUUUAAAUUAUGCUGAAGAAUUUCGUUACUAUAUCUUCAGCCAAGUAAUUAGCCAAAAAGUGCCGAAUGAAUAUCCCGUUCGUCCAAAUAUUCUGACUCUCGUCGAAAAUGUUCGACAACAAGUUCUGGACGUGAAGCAUAAUUCACGAUAUCCUUCACAAUACAUUACUGUACUUUAAAAGACUAAAAGUUUAUAUGUAACAAACAAUAAGUUUGAAGUAUUAAUAUUUUGAGAUUUUACCAUUUACAUUUUCACAUUUUCAGCCUGGAUACUUUAUUUAUUCAUUUGCACACAAAGUAAGAAUAAAUCAAUGAAUUAAAUUACUGUAAAAUACUUCAAUUAUUUUUAGUUUUGCACAUAUAACUUUCAUAUCGUAAAUAAGUAAAAUUUGUUAAUUUUUUUUAAUUUAAAAAAUGUUUAUGAAAUAAAAUUAGCUCAAUCAUAAU